AAAACUACGUCGUUGGACUUAAACGCCGAUGGACCGUGCGCCAUUUUGGCUCAAACAAACUCUUUUACUAUUUUUACCCCUAAAUAAAGUGCUUUAAAUGGGCUACAGUGGAUUUGUACACCAACGGGUUGACGGCUAUCAUUACAUAUAAAAACUGGCUCACAUUUAAUCUGAACACCUUUAUUUUUCCCCACGUCUUCAUUUUGGAAAAGCUGUGAGCCAAAAGCCAUGGUUUAAAAAAAAAAAAACACCCCAGCCGAGCCAACUAAGCGCUUGCUUAAUUUUGUUUGUUUUAUUUUUUUCUCCACUGUGUGUGUGAUGGGGGGCUGCUCCGCUCCAAACUGCUCCAAUUCCACCAGCAUAGGCAAACAGCUGUUCAGGUUCCCCAAAGACCCGCUGCGGAAGAAGAAAUGGGUGGUAAACUGCAGACGUGACUUUGAGCCCACUCCCCACUCCAGACUCUGUCAGGAUCACUUUGAGGAAAGCCAGUUUGAAGAAAUAGCCAGAUCCCCAGCUGGUGGUAAAAAGCUGAAGCCCAACGCCAUUCCCACCCUGUUCAAUGUGGGGGAGCCUCCCUUCCCUGCGGUCACCUCUCCAUACAUCCUGCUGCCACUGAAACCCGAACCAGUGGAAAGGGAUCUAAACCUCGGGGACCACGGCUAUGCCAGACGCAACCCCCUGUCUGGCCUCGAAGAAGAGGAUGGAGCCUCUGAAGAUCAACACCCUUGCAUGCAGUGUCAGCUUCUUAAGAAAAAGCUGGAGCAGGAGAUGCAGCACACGGCAAGACUGCAACGGGAGGCGGAAGAGAUGAAGAAACGUCUGUAUCGGCUCGACCGCAUAGAGAAGGGCCUUCAGAACUUUCUGUACGAGGAUCAGAUCAGAGCUCUGUCCCUCACCAAGCGCUCCCGCCGGGCCGUCUGGUCCCCGGAGACGAUCCUGAAAGCCCGGAAGAUCCGCUGUGCUGUCGGAACCAAAGGCUACGAGCACCUGAGGGAGAUCGGCUACCCCCUGCCCUCGUAUAGGACUUUGUGCAAUCGCUUGGAGACUAAGAUCAUGGUGACCACCGACAUGAGCUGCGAGGAGCUGGCAGAGCUGGGCCUGGGGCUGAUGGCUCCAUGUCAAAGCCCCACAGAAGGAGUUCGGGACAAUGACGAGGAAGAACUGAUGGGAGUUUUGUCCUGAUCCAAGUUAUCGACGGUGAUUGUGAACUUUUUAGACCGUUCGAGAUUCCUAAAAGUUUAGCGGCACUGGUAUUUAAUUUUUCCAGCCUGAAUGUCACCUGGCUGCAGUUGCUUUACACGCCACCGGAUGAUGCGCUCGCUAGAUGCUGGUGAUUCCCGCUGUGGUGCCGGCAUGUUGUGGUAGCCUGAAGACAGGAGGAGCAUGUGGCCUGUGCGGCUCCUUCAAAUGCAUGAUAUAAAUAUGAGUGAUGUUCAGAAAAGCAUUUGCACAACGCCUUGUGAACUCGCUGCUUGUUUUUAAUCUCAGUUGUCACCCAGCUGAGUUUUUCACUGGCUCUGUUCUAUACAUAAAAUAAAAUGGUGGAUUUGGUCUUAUUGAAUAUAAUGAGAGCAGAUAAACAAACACUAACCUCAGCCGACUCCUCUCGAUGCAGAGGAGCAGUGGCUCUGAUCUGAGCCUCCCAGAUGGUCGAGCUCCUCACCCGCUGCCCAGCCCCCUCUAGGCUGGGCAAUUCUAGGCAGGAGUAGUUUCUCAAUAAUAUGGGGGGGUUGACAUUUAAAUGUCUGGUUUUCUGUAGCCUGGUUGCCCCGUAGAAGAUGAAAGCAGAGGCUUGAGGGAGUUUAUAAGUGUUUAAAAUAGAUCUGAGGAUGAGGCUGGAGCAGGAUGUGAAAGCAAAUGUAGCCCAACCAGGGCCAGGUAAGAAGCAAUGCAGCUAAUGCUAACCUGUCCAGCUUAGUAUAAAGUGACCAGAUUUCUCAAAUAAAAACGGAGACAUCUUCUGCUUAGUUUGUUAGUGGGGGAUUGGGCGGGGGUUCUACUCUUCUAUUUGCAAUGUUUUUUUUUUUUUUGUUUGGUUGUUUUUAUAUAUACACUGCUUUGCAACUUUUUUGAGAGAUAUUUGCAGAUUAACUGAGCAGUUUUAUAUUAGAGUAAUGAGAGAGACGGAUGUGAGAAAGGAAGCAGAGCAGUUCAGGAGUGAGCAAAGGGUAGGUGAGCAAAUAUGGGGAGAGAGAAAACUGGGUGAAACAGACCAGGUAACGGACCUAAAGAGACAUUGUUCAUUUAAACAUUUUUAGUUUUAGUCCACUCUUGUCUAAUUACUUGCGGCAUGGGUUUGUUGAAUCGUGUUGUGAUUUUUACCAACCAAAUUAUAGCGCACCUUGGAAAUGAAAACACUUGGAUAAUUUUGGUAUGUUGUAAAAUACAGUCUACAAACGUAAAAUAUUUUGUACUGAA